GCGUGAGCUAACACAGAAACAGAAAGUAGGAAAAGACAGUUACGUAUUUAAAAACAUAGGCUAAAGGUAGAAAUUCUAAAAAAGGUUUUGCAUGUGAUGGGUUGGAUAGGGAAGAGGUUGGAGUGAAUGGGCAGAAAAUGGGGAGUCUGUCUUCUGAAAUCAUCCAGCACAUGAUCUAAGAUCAUGUCCGUGGGUUUAUAUGUGUUCGUGUCAUCCAUUUAUUUGUGGACACAUGGGUAACUCAUUUAACAAGAGCUGGACACACAAGAACUACAAUCAUCAUGCUAACAAAGAACAUAUAUACACACAUGCGUCUGAAUAUAUAACAAUGGCAAAAGAAACUAAAACAAAUUUUCAUUAGCUAUUACUGGUUUUGAUAUUUGGAUUCUUAAAGGUUUCUAAGAAAACAUCUUGGAUCUACGGCACCAAGGAGACAACAGGCUGAACAGUAAAAAAUCCCAGUUUAUUAUUUUAAGGAAGUUCUCAGUUUCUAUUCACAUUAGAGGUAGAAUGAAUUCCAGCAACAUCUCUUGCAACAAAACUAUUGAGCAACAAUAUCAGCAUCAAAUCUAUGCAGUCUUCUACACAGUGAUUCUUGUUCCUGGGCUUAUAGGUAAUAUUCUGGCACUCUGGAUUUUUUAUGCCUACAUUAAGGAGACAAAGAAGGCUGUAAUAUUCAUGAUCAACUUGGCAAUCGCUGAUUUGCUUCAGGUUUUGUCUCUUCCUCUGCGCAUUUACUACUAUCUGAACAAUUCAUGGCCUUUUGGUCAGAUCGCUUGCAUGAUCUGUUUCUAUUUGAAAUAUGUCAAUAUGUAUGCUAGUAUCUACUUCCUGGCCUGUAUAAGUGUGAGACGCUGUCGACUUAUUAUUCAACCAUUACGCUUUGAUGUCAUGAGGAGACGUCAGGACCGCAGCUGUUGCAUUGCCGGGUGGUUAGUUGUGUGUUUAGGAUGCCUCCCAUUUCCUAUCCUAAGAAAAAAUCCUUCUACUCCACAACAUUGUUUCUCUGAGCUUCCCAUGAUGCAACUAAGCAAAGGAAUAGGAGUGUCUCUUGUAACAAUUGCAGAAUUUACUGGUUUUAUUUUACCGUUGGCUGUUGUGGUCACCUGCACAGGGUUGACUGCAAUGAGUUUACGUGAGAAAACCUGCAUUCUUCAGGAUGCAGGGGAAAAGCACAAAGCUCUCAAGAUGGUGCUAAGCUGUGCUGGUGUAUUUCUGGUCUGUUUUGUGCCAUAUCACAUAACUUUUCCUUUAGACUUUUUGGCCAAAUCAAAUUUGAAUGUUACGUGUGCAUUUAGGAGUGCGGUGCUGCAUACUCAUCCCAUUACAUUGUGUCUGGCCAGCUUGAACUGCUGCCUGGACCCAGUGAUGUACUAUUUCACCACUGAUGAGUUUAAGCGUCGCCUGUCUAGGCCAGAAUUGCAAGAAAGUUUUUAUCUCCAUGACAGGAUGUCAUGUACCACAAAUGAAGUCCUGACAUCCAAGUAAAGGAGAAAUUGAGCUGGCAGAAAAAGUACUGGGAUAUUGUUUUUGGAUCAUGGACAAUAACCUUUCUUCAUAAUGGGACUGAGCUCAGCUUUGGAACUCUAAACAAAUAAAAUCGACUUGAAGUCUUUUGCAAAGAAAUGUGAUUUUUGUCCGCUGCUGAGUAUUUAUUAAAAGCUUAGUAGCCUUAACAACUAAUAAACAAUAUAAAUAAUCAGUGGUGCACAAUGGACACUACACUUGUACUUGAGUUCAGAUACCUUGAAUGUACAGUAGCUAUGUUAUUGGAAGUAAAAUUUCUUCUUUUAACUUGGAUCUGUUGAAAGUGCUUAAGCAUCAAAGUGUAUUAAUCUAUUAAAUGCUGUAUUUUAAUAUCCUCCUGCUCAUAAUACCUUUUUUAAGUCCCUGCCAAAAGCCCUUAUACUGUAAGUGCAGCUUUUGUGAUUAAAUUGACAUAUUUCCUUUAAAACAUCCCAGCAAGACACAUUAAAGGGCAUUGUCAAACCAGCCAACAGCUUUAGUUUACAUCGCACCAUGGUUGACAGCAAAUGUGGAGGAACUGUUCCUCAGGAUCUUGCUAAAUCUUAAAGUUAUUAAGUAAAUCUGUGGUUGUUAUUGAUCUAAGACAAGUUCCCAAGAUGACAGUUCUAAUGAACGAUCACAUGGUCAUGAACAUGAGGUCUUAGUGUUAUACUGUUUUAUUAUAAAGCUACUGUCUAAUUACUUGUACAGCCGACCUACAAUAUUGCAUGCUCAUUGGCUGCGUUUGAAAGGUCUAAAAUGAAGCCUUGGAGGCAGCAGUCCAAGGCAUCAAGGCAUGUCUGAAUACAAUGUUAUGUUUACUUCCUGUUUCCUGAGAUACCUUAAUUGUCCUUUCCCACAAUUCUGUGUGGGUGUGCACAAAGAAUGUGAUUGGUCGAGCCUGGUUGCGUUCGACAAAAUAAAAUGGUGACCAAGGAAGCAGCUGUAGUACAAAUUUUGUAUAAAUAAAGUUUUAUUUUCACUUUAUACACCUUUUAAUUGCAUUUCAAGCGAGCAACAAGUAUUAUAGUUUUUAA